ACCUUUAUGAAUAUAUUUUACAUGUGUAUGCAUGUGUCACGUUUAUACUUCCGCUACAGAUUAGACAUUGAUCCCUAGGGGCCAGGUGAGAAUUGCCGACACAUGUCGCGAGAUUAAUUCACAUACACUGGGGUUGUUCAUCAAUGCAUAGGGUUCUAAUUAGCUGUCUUUUCGGAGACGCUUCAUGGCUCUAUGCUACUGUUCAUAAGGUGUUUUAAAGGCUAUUAAUAGUUGACGUAGUCGACUCGAAUCGGAGCCGGGUGUAGUGUUUAUAUUAUAUAUUCAGUCUACGAUCAGCUGUACGCCUGUCUUCAGCCAUGGAGGACCAUGCUCAUGGACAACAGAAAGGGGAGACGGAGUCUCUCAAAAAGAUAUUCCACUUGUUUGACAAAGAUGGCGACGGACGAAUUACGGCUGAUGAACUCACAACAGUGCUAAGAUCUAUUGAAAGGGACGUCAGCAAAAAGGAAUUACAAGCACAAGUGAAUAAAAUAAUGCGGGAUGGCGAUAAAGAUAAAAAUGGAACAAUAGACUUCGAAGAAUUCCAGGCAUGUAUGGAAUCACGAAUGGGUCACCAGAGCCCAUUAAAAAAAAUAAAGGAUGCAUUCCAUGUGUUUGAUUGUGAUGGCGAUGGCUUUAUAGAGCGAGACGAACUCAAAAGUGUAAUGUUAAAGUUGGGUGAUGAGCUAACCGACACACAAGUGGAUUCUAUGAUCAAGGAUGCGGAUUUGGAUGGCAACGGAAAAAUAGAUUUUGAGGAAUUUUUUUUAUUGAUGUCGAAGUAGAUGUGGUGUUUCAAGAAUCUGGAUGAGUUUGCAUCUAAAGUGCUCUUGUUGCUUUGACUCGUAUAGAGGAUAUCAUGGAUGUGGUUUGUGUUCGUGUAAGGGGGAAAGUUGUACAGUAGAUGGGAGGGCUUGGUAAAUCGUGUUAAUGUGUGCUAAGGGAACGGGUCUAUUACUUUAGUCAGGCGUGCCUUACGAGUACAUAUCGUAUAAUAAUUCACUUUAUAUACAUACUUCAUUUUUCAUUGAGUCUCUGUACUGUUUCGAUCGAUGAUUCUUUUUUUUUUUUUUUUUGCGAUUUUUCAAAAGGUUAAAACAAACUAGAUAUAAUUCUCAAUUAUAAAGAACCAUAAUGAGCCCUGUUGAUUUUCUUAUCGAGGUAAACAUUUAACGAUGUUUUUUUCUACUGUUAAAAAUAACGAAAAAGAACCCUCGAAAAUAACAAUAUGCACAGAAAUUGUAACAUGAACUAUUCACAGUAUGUUUGCUUUUUUUUCAUUUUGAUUAAGUGCUCUGAAUACAUUUUAUAUAAUCUUAGGGAAUUUUCUUCAUGUUGUCGACAAUGAAUGUUUUUCAAUUAACAAAAUACACAAAAUACAAAAAGUAGAACACAUUUAACAAAAAAAAAAUGGUAAAAAAAAUUAAGUGGACAUUAUUGUAGGCAUAAUGCUUACCUCUGAAUUAUUCACCAACAAGAUGACGUUCGUCAUUCGGGGCCUGUUCAUUUAUGAGGAUGAACCGGUUCGUCUGUUUUAAGACGAAACAUUUCAGGCAAUGAUCUUGACGGACAAGCAAAUGUGAUAGCAGGCCUUUGCAUUUUUUGUCAGGACUCGUCUGAAGACGAUAUGUAAUACCCGGGUCCGUCCUAAUUUCAAAAACCAUCAACCGGUACACCGGUGCAAAAAGUAAACGAAAAACGGCCAUGACCUUGCGUAGUGAGCCAUUUUGGUUCUUCUUACUCCCGAUAAAAAGUUUUCCCGAAAUUAUCAAACGACUCCGAGUCAUUUUUUUUUUCAUUCUCCUUCUCAAGGCAUACUAUAUAGUUGUUCAGUUUCACGGGACGAAUAUUUCGCGGUUAUUCUCGCCAGGCCUUGUUCAAGGAUAUUUAAUUUCGCGCAAUCUUAAAUACGUGUCUAUAUAUACUGGUAUUUAAUGCGAAUUCAUUAUCCAUGGUUUGAAUAUUCGUUUGGUAUUUAUUUUUACGCUAUCCUUAAUGACCGCGAAUAUAGCGAAGUUAAAUCCCCCGCGAAUAUUACUUCCAUUACAGAAUACUUACAUUUUUUAUCUUGAAUUUUUUUUCUUCUGAUAACGAAAAUGAAAUCCAUUGAAAACAACCCCCUACAUAGUAUAAAUAUUCACAUACAUAUUAUAAUAUUUGUCUCAUUCUUUUUAUGUUGAUAUAUUUGUAAAUGUUAAUCUGUAGUCAACUCAUUGAGCUUGUUCUCCGGUACAAACAAAUGUAUUAUGUAUACAAACUGUAAUAGCUUAUUUUUCAGUUCAAACAAACAUUUUUUUUCAUUACAUGCCUCCGACGGCCUUAGGUCCUGCAGGGAUAAAAAGAAAACCUAAAAUGCAUAAACCCAUUUCAGCGAUUGAUAUUUUAAAUUGUUUCAUUAACACGGCUACUUUUUUCAGAAGGUAUUUCCAUUUUUGUGUUAAAAUGUAUUUUGUAAUAUCCGUGAGGUAAAAUUUCAAGUGCAGAUAAUACAUUUAUUUUAAUCUGUCACCAUAUAAGAUAUAUAAUGUGUCCUUAGAAAUGAGAUUAGACACGUGGUUUGUUGACUUACUAGAUAUUUUAAGCUGUAUAGGUACGUGUCCAAGACAAAUUUAGGUAAUAUAAAUGUAAAAAAAAAUCUAAUCAUCGUUCAUUUGAAUUGACGUACUUAUAAUAAUUGUCAUUGAAAAUACAUAAAAGUCGCCACAAGUGCUAUCGUAAAAGUAAGAAGAAUUUUCAGAGAAAAGCCAUCAGACCAAAUCACUUAUACAUUUAUAAUAACAAAAUAAAUAGACCAAUUAAAACAUACGUUUGAAUCUAAAUUAACGAAAUGUUCUAAAAUAUUAUCAAUGAUAUGUUUCACGGUAUUCUACAUAUACAUACAUGUACAUAUAUAUAUUUCUCUCGGUACAACUACGACAGGAAAUUCAAAUCUUUAUCUUCGGAUCACCAACACAUAGUGUAUAUGAUAUACAGUGCUAAUGAAUAUAUACAUGUACAUGUAUACAUACAUACAUAUAUAUAUGUAAGUACACCUAAGUCUGUUGUUAUACACAUUUUUAUACAGGGUUCAAUACAGAUUAAUACUCAGUGUAAUUCAUGUUUACAAAAAUCUUUUUAUUACCUUUAUAUAUAUGUAUAGUAGGGCCAGUUCUUCGAAUAUGUGUAUGUAAAUUAACAGAAUUAUUACGCAAAUCAACACCGGUUGUCAUAAUUUCAGAAAAGUUUUAAUAUUUCAACCCAACAAAUUGUUACAUGACUACAAUUGUAUAUAAAUGAUGAAAUGUUUUAGUUCUAACCACGAUUUUGUCGUUUUAAAUAUGUUUUAUUUGAGCUAAAUAUCGUGCCAUAAGAAUGAAACCGUUGUGACACAAACCAUCUUGGACGAUCCUGUUGUUGUUUGUUGUUAUUUGUCGUCACGUAAAUAAACAUCAAUUUGUCUCAAGGAAAA